AUGGGACAACAAGAUCAAGAUGUCGUGGGCUACUACAAUUACCUCUUCAUGGCCACCCUCCUGCUACUCCCUUUCUUCCUCAUCGCCAUCUUCAAACCGCCGCGCAAGCACGAACGCGAGAACCUUCCCCCGGGGCCAUGGCGGCUGCCGGUCAUCGGCAGCAUUCAUCACCUCAUCGGCGCACUACCACACCACGCCAUGCGUGACCUCGCCCGUCGGUACGACGCCCCGCUCAUGCUGCUCCGCCUCGGGGAGCUCAACGUCAUCGUGGCCUCGUCCGCCGUCGCGUCGAGGGAGAUCAUGAAGACCCACGACGCGACAUUCGCAACACGGCCACGGACCACCACCCUCCGCGCCAUCACGACAGACGACCUCGCCAUCUCCCUUGCACCGCACGGCGAGCAGUGGCGCCGCCUCAAAAAGCUAUGCGUCACCGAGGUACUCAGCGCGCGGCAAGUCCGGUCCCUCCGGGGAUGCCGCGAGGCCAACGCCGCCGCCCUAGUCUCCUCCAUCGUCUCGUCGCUGUCCUCUUCGUCGGAGCCGGUGAACAUCAGCUCCCUCAUCACCACCCACGUCACCAACUUGGCCGUGCACGCAUUGGUGGGCAAGCAGAACGAGGACCUCCGUGCAGAGUUCCUGAAGUGCCUGGACGAGGGCAUCAAGCUGGCCUCGGGGUUCAGCCUCGCCGACCUGUUCCCAUCGUCGCGCCUUGCACGUGCCUUCAGUAGCUCAAUUCGCCGGAUGGAGGCGUUAAACCACGAGAUAAGCCAGCUCAUCGGCCGGAUCAUUGAGGAGCAUCGCACGAGGAGGUCGGCCGGCGGCGGCGAGGAGGAAGACAUCGUGGACGUGCUACUGAGGAUCCAGAGUGACGGUAGCCCCCACAUGCCUCUCAACGCCAGGACAAUUGGUUCCGUGAUUAUGGAUAUGUUUUCGGGAGGGAGCGAGACCUCGGUGACAACACUCCAAUGGGUGAUGGCAGAGCUCAUGCGGAGUCCAGCGGCUCUUCGGAGGGUGCAGGCAGAGGUGCGCAAUGCUUUCGCCGGGCAGAGCUGCAUCAAGGAGGAGGCCCUGCAGGAGCUGCGAUAUUUGCAUCUAGUAAUCAAGGAGUCGCUCCGGCUACACCCGGUGUUGCCGCUGCUCCUCCCACGGGAGUGUCAGGAACCUUGCCAUGUCCUUGGCUAUGACGUGCCCAAGGGCACCAUAGUGCUCGUCAACGCAUGGGCAAUCGGGCGGGAUUCAGCAAGCUGGGGUGCCGAUGCCGAGGAGUUCAGGCCAGAGAGGUUCGAGGAGGCUGGUGAUGCGGCGGCGGACUUCAGGGGAACGAACUUCGAGCUCGUGCCAUUCGGCGCCGGUAGGAGGAUGUGCCCUGGGAUCACGUUCGGGAUCGCGGUCGUCCAGCUCAUGCUCGCGAGCCUGUUAUUCCAUUUUGAUUGGAAGCUCCCUGGAGGAGGCGCCGAUGGGCUAGACAUGGCGGAGGAGCUCCAGAUGACAGCCAGGAGGAAGAGCGACCUGUGGCUGCAUGCCACCGUUCAUGUGCCUUCUCCUAAUCCAUGA